ACUCUGAGUGGCAAAAGUGUAUUUUUUGGGUAAGUUGCAGGGGUUCCCCGGUCAUUUCUGUUAACGUCUAGAGCGGAGACGACACACGGGAAGAGAAAGGCUGACCGGUGGAGAAACCCUAAUCCCCAAAUCGACCAUGUUCAUGGUUAGAUUGAAAUUCGCACUGAUCUCGCGUAAAAUCAGCACGGUGGCGAAACAUAGAAGAGUCCCGUCGAUAUACAAGUCUCUGGCCAUCGGACAAGCCCAGAAAGCCGUUACAGACUACCUCCACACCACUAAGUCUCUCUCCUACACUUACGCCGAGCACAUUGCCACAAACGCCACGGUUUCGAUCCGGAAUCUCAUCCUCAAGCUUGAUUUCUCUGUCCCGACCUUCCCCAAAUCGCUUCGGAAGCAUCUCAGUUACCAUCCAAUUAACGAAUUCGAGUUUUUCUUCGAGAGCAUCGGCAUUGAUUACAGCGAGGUUAGCGAGUAUUUGCCUGAGAAGAAAUUCUUCUUCUCCGAGGACCGGAGUGUGUUGGAUGCAGCUUGUGCGUUAUCUGGAUUCGGGUUCCCUUGGAAUAAGCUGGGCAAGCUGUACAAAGAGGAAAGGUUGGUUUUUCUGCAGAGUCCUGAAGAGAUUGGAUCCAGGCUGCUUAAGUUGAAAGAUAUAGGAUUCACGACAGUCGCUUUGAUUGGUAUUUGUUUAGCGGUUCCUCGUACUCUGUGUGGCGGUGGAGAAUUGGCUCCGGAGAUUCGUUAUUUGUUUGUUAAGCUGAAGAGACUGUUUGAAGAAUUUGAUUCACAUCAUCUUUGUGAAGAAACUGUGGAUUCUUGGUACGCCAUUAGUAGGAAAGUUAGGGUGUUUUACGAAAUGGGGUAUGAGAAUGAGGAGAUGUGGGAGUUGAUGGGUAGAAGUAAGUCACUUUUUAUGGAAUAUCCAGAAGAAGCUCUGAUGAGAAAGACGGAGUAUUUUUGUAGAUUUGGUGUUGGGAAAAAAGAUGCUGCUCUUAUGAUUCUUAGAUAUCCCGCUAUUAUGAGUUUUGAUCUUGAGAAACCGGUGAUCUCAGUUACAGGAAUGCUUAAGCAUUGUGGAUUGAGCCAGGAUGAAGUGGACGCUGUUGCUCAGAAAUACCCAUACGUUUUGGGUAGAAACAAAAUGAAGAAUCUGCCUCAUGUGCUUAGAGCACUAGAUCUGCAUGAAAGGAUCUUCGAAAGGUUGAAGAAUGGGAAUCAACAUUUGCUCGCUAGCUAUUCGUUGAUGGAUCACGACGAAGGCAUAGACAGAGAAUAUCAAGAAGGCUUGGAAGAGAUGCAACAGUCAAGGUACAAGACACACAAUGUUCAAAAACUGGACUUCCUCCAUCAAAUAGGUUUUGGCGAAAACGGCAUGACCAUGAAGAUACUACAACAUGUCCAUGGUAGCGCCAAGGAGCUACAUGACAGAUUCGAAAGCCUACUAAACAGUGGCCUCGAUUUCUCAAAGACAUGCAUGUUGAUAAGAUCAGCGCCAAAGAGCUUGAACCAGAAACCGCAUAGCAUACAAGAUAAGAUAAGGUUCCUCUGUGACGAAAUGGGAUAUUCCUUGGAAUACCUAGAGAUUUUCCCAGCUUAUCUCUGUUUUGACCUGGAGUACAGAAUCAGCCCAAGGUGCAGGUUUCAUAAAUGGCUCGUGGAGAAAGGGUUAAGCGAGAAAAGCUAUUCAGUCGCAAGCAUUGUAGCUACCAGCGAAAAGGCCUACAUAGCUCGUCUAUAUGGGAUUCAUCCAGCAAUCCCGAAACAUUGGUUCGAGCGUUUCUCCUACAGAAAACCCAGAAACACGGCAUCCUAACAUAACAACAAAAGACUCAUUUGGAUCUUGCAGCAGAUUCGAGCAAUGCCUCCUUCAAGUUUCCCAGAUUUCUGCACUGAGACCUAUAACGUUACAAAUCCUCGAAAUGGUAACAACAACUGCGAGUAGAGAUUGCAGAACACUUGUGGGUCUAUGAAUGAGGGGGAAUUUUGACAAUUUGUGGUUACCACUUGGGAGAUUUCGUUUCCGUACAUUUACUUCUCAGACAACUUAUCACACAAAUGGUUUGGAGAAGUUUUACAAUGAGCUAGCUUUCCGUCAACGGGAUGCAUCAUCCUGCACGUGUCGGGGGAGUCGUGGCAAUGACUUGAGUGCAAAACGUGGGACGAGAUAGGCACACGUGCGAGCGAGUGAAAAUAAUCGAGUUUCUUUGUUAUGUGUACUUCCGGGGAAUAGGUUGACUAAGUUAUGUUCUGAAAGCCUUGUAAAGCAAACAAUCGAUCGCGUGCAGGUCACGUGCGUCCUACGUUUGGAGGCAUUGUGCUCAGUGGGGGCAGCGCUUGUAAUAUCGACGAUAUAGAGAGGGGUUUUCGCCUUUUGCCGAUCAAUUGAUUCUUAGAUGUUUCGUCAAUCCAUGGCGUUUCCUCCGCCGAACCAUAGUUCUGAUCCACCGCCGCCACCGCCGCACCCAUCUCCGCAGCCGCCGGUUGUGAACGUGAGCGAGAGCUCAAGACGGCAACAUAUUGCAGCUUCUUCGUCGCCGGUGAAAUCCCAUCCGCUUCAUAACUUCCCGCUUUCUGAUCUCAGGUGGGCUAUGAAUCACGCCAAUACUCAUCGGCUCCGCAAAGCAUCUAGUAGAUCUCCGCUUCGCGAACCUAAUCCUGGGAAAGGGAAUCUGGUGAGUGAGGAGGUGAACGAAGCAUCAGGUUCUUCGUCUUUUGAAUUGAGACCGGAAAAGAGGAAGGGAAGCGCGUCUGGUGUCAGUGAUUCCACCGCAGAUCGAUCUGGAACGAAGUCAACGACGGCGGACGGUAGAUCGAAGAUCUUUAUCCGGAUCCGUACGAAGAACAACGAAGAAACAGCUGAUGUCGCCUCAGCGACUGAUACCGCCACCGAUACCGGUACCGCCGUCGUCGCUGUCCACGUGACUGAUGAUUCAGCCGAGCCGGCGAUCGAUGCUGACGUAUCGAUUGGUGAACGGAUCUCCGAUGGUGGUGGCGGUCAGGAAGCAGACGAGUUUGGUCCGAAGACUUGGAAUCUGAGACCGAGGAAACCACCGCCGACGAAGAAGCGGUCAAUAGGAAACGGCGGUGGGACAUUGAAGAGCUGUAGCGAAUCAUUGCCGGAGAACAGAGCUCAGGGAACGGUUCGAACGGAGGCAAUCCGAUCCAGGAACGGCGUGGAUGCCAAGAUUGCGACGACAGAGAGAAAGGAGAAGAAACCGAGGUUAUCGAUCUCGCUCUCAAAGUUGGAGAUAGACGAGGAUAUCUACGCGUUGACCGGAUCAAAACCUAGCAGGAGGCCAAAGAAGAGAGCCAAGAACGUGCAGAAGCAGCUUGAUGUUCUUUUCCCAGGUUUGUGGAUGGGUAACGUAUCUUCAGACGCUUACAAGAAAUGCAAACCAUUGAUCGCUUCUUCAAGCACUGGCGUCAUUUUUGGGCGUGCUCUAAGUAGUGAGAUACUGUCUCCAGGUUUCAAAGCACUCAAUCCAACUUCAGCUUCAGUUUCGGUCCUAACCGGCGUCAGUAUGAAAUACGAACCAGACUGCCCCUGACCCGGCCGCCUUAGUUACUGCCACUGACGUGAUGAUACCUUAUUUAUUUCUGUUGUGGACCCUUUUGUAAUUAAUUAGUGGACAAUGUAUUUUGAUUUUCAUUUGACUUACGCUGAAUAUAAUAAAAUCAGAGUUGCCAACACAAUUUUUUUUUUUUCCAUUAAAUUUAUCGACAUAUUCUGUUUUAUGUUAAUUAAUUAUUUAUAUUCUUAUAUCAGUUUAAUUUUACCUGUU